UUCUUCUCACCUGGCUUUUGUCUCCCUGCUUCCUCCUCUCUCCCCCCUCGCCCUGGUUGUGUCCCCACAGCUGUCUUCUGUGCCAUUUGGAGGGUGGUGCUCAGCCCGGCCGGCGCCAUGGAGCCCGAGUCCCGCAGCGUGCAGAUCCAGUUCCCCCAUUACGCCUCCGUGCUGCUGGAGUCCCUCAACAAGCACCGCCUGGAGGGGAAGUUCUGCGACAUCUCCAUCCACGUCCAGGGCCGGGUCUUCCAGGCCCACAAGAGCGUCCUGGCCGCCUCCUCCCCUUACUUCCACGACAAGCUCCUCCUGAACGACACGAACUGCAUCGUCCUGCCCAGCGUCAUCGAGCCCGAGGCCUUCGAGAACCUCCUGCAGCUCAUAUACUCCGGCCGGCUCAAGCUCCAGCUGGAGGCCCUGCCCAGCCACCUGCUGGUGGCCAGUGGCCUGCAGAUGUGGCAGGUGGUGGACCAGUGCUCCGGCAUCUUGAAGGAGCUGGAGGGCGGCCCCUGCCGGCCGUGGUCCAGCCGGGCCAGUGAGAGCCAGUCGCCAAGCAGCAGCAACUACUUCGGCUUGAGGGACGACGGGGAAGGGGGCGCAGGGGGCGGGGAGGGGCUCGGCCACCACCGCUCGCCACAUGGCUGCCCCGACGGGGAGGUGCUGAAAAUCCAGGUGCCCCACGACGACGACGACGAGGAAGAGGAGGAGGAGGAAGAGGAGCGGCAGGGCCAGAUCUGCAGCGGCUCCACAGACAGGCCAGUGAAGGUCAUCCUGGAUGAAGGGGAGGAGGAGGAGGAAGCCGGGGGAGGCGAGGGCUGCUCCAAGGGUUCAGGGGAGCCGGGCUCCGCCUUCGCCUCUCCACACGAGGUGGCCCCCAAGAUCUUCUACAUCAAGCAGGAGCGCUUUGACUCUGGGGAGGCGACCGCUUCGGGCCUGGGCGGCAGUGCGGCCUCGUCGUGCCUGGCCGAGUCCAGUUUCCUCAAGUCCUUGGGGAGGCCACUGGGUCUGAGCGAGAUGCCCUCAGGAUUGUGCCAGGCCGAGAUCCAGGAGACCGGCGAGGUCAGCUACAUCUUCCCCAGCGGAGCCUCGUCCUCCACCGGGGCGCCCGGCAGCGGCUUCUCGGGGAAGGCGCAUCAGGCACUCUCCUCGGACUCGGUGUCAUUCCCCGAGAGCUCCUGGAAGCCGGUCGACCUGCACGGGAACGAGAUCAUCGCCCACGCCGUCCACGGCCAGGUGGUCCACGCGCCCGUCAAGCUGAUGUCGGCGCCCGACGGCAAGAAGUUCGGCUGCCUGUGCGGGAAGCGCUUCGCCGUGAAGCCUAAGCGGGACCGUCACAUCAUGCUGACCUUCAGCCUGCGCCCGUUCGGCUGCUCGGUCUGCAACAAGAAGUUCAAACUGAAGCACCACCUGACCGAGCACAUGAAGACCCACGACGGGAACCUCUACGCCUGCGAGGACUGUGGGCGGAAGUUCCGGGUCCAGAGCUGUUUCCUGAAGCACAAGGAGCUCUGCAAGGGACAGGGCUGGGCCACUGCCUGUUGGACCUACAAGUAGAAAGGGGCCUGGUGGGCCAAACCAGGAGGUCAGAGGAGGACCUGGAAAGGGCCUGUGCAUCCGUGCUUGUGCAAUAGAGAGGCCAGCCGCUUCCCCUUCUCUUUGGCCUCCUCCUCCUCCUCCUGCUCACAGUGGCCUCCUUCCUUGACCCCCGUUUCUCUCCUGUGAGGAAAGGCAGAGCAGAAGCUGGAAGAGGAAGGAGGGCUUUGUGAGGAGGGGAGGGAGGCUGGAGGCCUCCUUCGGUCUUUUCCCGUCCUGCUGCCUUCCUUUUUUCAAGGCGACGCGAGUGGCUGCUGCAGAUCCAACGUUGACAGGGCAGAAAGAACAGCCGCCGGUUAUUGCCACAAGGAGACCCGGCUUUUAGGACUCUGCCUCCCACGAAUCUCAGCGGCCACGAGGAAGGGCAAGGGCAGGUCUUGCCACUUUUACCAAGCCACGUGCCACUACCAGGGAUUGCGUCACUUGCCGGGCGAUACCAGCGAGGCCCAGCUCAGCUAUCUUAGCCCCCCUUUUUUCCCUCCUAUCCUGACAUUUCUUGGGGGGGCAGCUGUUGCCUCAAAGCACCCUUGUGUGGAGGGGGGUUGCGCUGCUGGUAAGCGCAGGAGCUCUGGCGAGACCUCGUGGCCACAGGCUGUGGAGAGGCUCCUUUCCAGGCUGCCGGGAUGAAUUUGUCUCAUCACUUCAUGAAACGGAGGAGGUGUCCAGGGACAGACGGCCGGCCGGGGACACAGAAGCGGCUGUGGGGUUUGUCAUAGAUUGGGAUGUGCUCUUGGCUGCUACUUGAAGAGUGGUGGCCCGUUCCCUCCCGAUGUGCGCACGCGCGCGCGCACACACACACACACAGAGCGCCACCUGACAGCCUUCCCUGCUGAGAUUCUGGCACACCUAUUUAAAGCCAGAGAUACUGGAGGCCCAUCUCCCACCAUCUGAGAAGAAUAGGAAGGCUUGUGAGAUGUGUGUGUGUGUGGGGGGGGGGGUUUACCCUUGUGAGGACUCAUUUGGGAACUAGCUACGUGCACACUAUCAAUUUGUGGGGUAGCUGGUUUGGGUUUUUUAAAAUAAAUAAAUAUAAA